UAUAGCCGACUUGCAGUGUAGUUAAAGCCUCACUCGACGUCAUUCCUCUUCGGGGACAACUGUGGUGGCAGCGCUAUUACUCUGUUAUUCACCACCACACGGCAAUUUUUAUUCUCUCGCUUAGCCCGAAUCAACGCCAUUGCUGAACGGCACGACUCCUUGUAGCCUAUUCAAGAAACAGGGAAUUAAAGUGCAAGUGUAAACGAGAAAGACUUUAAUCGUUAGUCUAAACGUUACCGUCGCUUGCCUCGGAACCAACACUUCACAUUAAGAAAGAUUCAUCCUGAUGCUUCAUUUUAAACCUCCGUUGGAACUAUAUGUGAGAGCCACCAGGCAGGCAGGGCAUCUCCCUCCAGCAGCACAGCCUCACCGCGCUCUCAUGACGACCGCGCGCUCGCAGGCCAAUGUCAUGGCAACAAAGCUACAACCCGAUAUAUGUUGGGUAAAGGUGCAAAGCGGAAGCUGGACGAGGAUGAAGAGGGGCUGGAAGGCAAAGCGCUGGCGGUGCUGUCCCGGGCGUCGCCGUCCGCGGGCGGCUGCCCCGAGGGCCCGUCCUUCCUCGCGGCCAAGGGCGGCGUGUCGUACACGCUCCAGCGCCAGACCAUCUUCAACAUCUCGCUGCUGAAGCUGUACAGCCAGCGGGCGCUGACCGAGCCCAGCCUGCAGCGGCGCGUGCUCAUCAACAACAUGCUGCGCCGCAUCCAAGACGAGCUCAAGCAGGAGGGCGCGCUGCGGCCGCUGCCCUUCCCCGCGCCCUCGCCGGUGCCCGCCGCUGCCGCCGCGCCGCACGACCACCAUCCGUUGGACGAGGGCUUCCGCCAGGCGUCCUCCUCGCCCACGCCCGCCGCCACGGCGGCGGCGGCAGGAGCGCCUUUUGGGGUGUUGUCGUCCACGGGCUUGGGGUUGCCGGCGACGCACGGCUCGCCCGCCAACGGACUGACUUUGCAGCCCCCGCCGCAGGCCGGCCUGACCCCCGCCUCCCUGCUGGAGGAGGACGCAGGGGCUUUUGGAGCCUUGCCUCCACCCCCUGCCCCCUCGUUGGUGCCUCCCUCGUCAACAUCCUCCCCCUCCUCCUCGCCCCUGCUCAUGGGCGCCCCCUGUAGACCCCUCCGAGACAGCUUCUCCUCAGCGCUGGACGAGAUCGAGGAGCUCUGUCCGUCGGCGGCGGUGGCGGCAGCCGCCCACAUGACUACCUCCCUCUCCCCCUCACCUCUCUCCGUCUCCUCGGCGUCCUCACCCCCCACCUCCCCGUCCCUCUCUGCCUCGUCCCUGCACCUCACGCUCACCCCCGCUCUCGUACCCUCCCUGGCCCUGUCGGCCUCGGACUCCAAAGACUGCGGCAAAGCAAGCAGCCCAAAGCCCGACGUCGUCCCAAUGGACACCCUUCCCCCGGCCGAGCUGGACAUGAGCACCUCCCCUUCCUCCUGCACCUCCUCCACCCCAUCAUCCUGCACCACCUCGUCGUCCUCCUCCUCGGGCUUCCUCACGGACUUGGCCCUGGACGACAUCCUGUUUGCCGACAUCGACACCUCCAUGUAUGACUUUGACCCGUGCACGUCCACCUCGGGCAGCGCCGGAGCCUCCAAACUGUCGCAGGUGGUGACGGCCGACGACCUCCUCAAGACGCUGUCGUCGCCGGGGGUGACGCCCAGCCAGCCUUUCAAAAUGGACCUGACCGAACUGGACCACAUCAUGGAGGUCCUCGUUGGCUCAUGAUAGUCUAUGGGAUUGGUGUUGUGCUGAGUUUGGACAUAGCAAAACACAAAAACUCACAUACAUAGAUAUACAGACACAGAGACAGACAUUCACAUCAACACAAAGCGUAAAAGCAAAACAAAUCAAAGAUUAUUCUUUUUUCGACGAAAACUGUACACUUUUAUGUUUUGGGCUCGUUUUGUUGAUGAGGCAGUUGUAAUAACAAAUGAUGAUGUCACCUAAUACUACUUCACAACACUGUGCAUGCACUUGCCUUUCCCUAACUGAGGGAGGAAAAAAAUACAAACCAGAACCGGAAGAAAGUAAGGAACACGCUUCGCUUUCUCGCAAAAUCCAGUGCCUUCAUCAUCAUUUGACCAGUCGGUCAGUUCCUGCUGUUUGACCAUCCCUCUCCAUACACAGCUCCAACUGCUUUGAAAAGACACAUGGAAGACACCGUGAAGAUAACCUUUCUCUAACAAACGCAAAUCCCUUCCUAGGAUACCCUCUGGUUUUCUCUACUGGUGCAAGUAACAAACACAAUUUCAUACCCUCCUCUGGCGUUAUCUUUUUCUUUCUCUACAAAGCACAAUUUUUUAAAGAAAAGUGUGUUUGUGUGUGUGUGUGUGUGUUUAUGUGUGUGUGUGUCUGGGUAAGUGUGCGUAUGAUUGUGUCGUGUAUGUAAAUAUAUUUCAGCUUGCAGAGAUACUUUUAAUCUAUUGUUUUUGUAUUUUUUGCAGUCCUGCUUCUCUCUGUAGCCACUGGUCCACUCCAGUAACGAAUCUGAGACAGCCCCAAAAUGUAGUCCAAUGUUCUCCCUUACAUGGACUGAAGAUGUAUGUGUGUAUUGUUUUUUUUGUUGUUGUUUUUUUUUUUGGGGGGGGGGGGGGGGGGGGGGGGUCUCCCACUCACUGUCUGAUAGUGGAUGGGUCUCCUGAAUGAAGUGGCUGAGUGGCUGGAGAGUGGUCAGGUAUACAUCCGCAAGCAUGUUUCACACUUCAGGCUUCAGUCAGCUUGUUUACAAUGUUUUCUGACAUACUCUUACAAAGAGGGGGGAGAAGCCCUGUGCAGACGUGACAGUGUUGAUAUCAGAAAUGUAAGGAGCGGUGGAAAUAGUGGCAUAUAUGCAAUCACUAGUCACCUUCACUAAAUCAAAUGCAAAUGUCAUCCAGCUGUUAGCCAUAAUGUUCCCAAAAGCAAAACUUACCUCGCCAGGUGAUCUUUCAGAAAUUGUACAUGUCUAGUGGAACAUUAUUGAAAUCAUGAGAGAUGCAGUCAGAGAUGGUCAUCGGUCCAGUCACAGUACAGUGCAGUGAUUUGCCUCUAAAAACACUAGCACGGCGUGUGUGUGUUGUCUGUGCAGCCAUAGGUGCAUAGGAUAGAGAUCACAAGUGCGCCACAGUUUCUCAUCAACCCUUUCUCAUAGCAUGCCAAAAUGGUGAAGCCCAGAACUAAGCAAUGAUUGGGAGUUAUUUCAGUUGUCAGUCGCCAGGUUAUUUCAGCUUUCUGUUGUGGUUUUGAAAAGCACUAAACAUGUCUGGUUUCUGGCCAGUGGCAUGACAGGGACAGGCGUUGUGAGAGGACAGCCUAUCCAUCAGGACCCAGUGCAAAUGUAUGCCAGUUUUGUUCAUGUACUGCCGUUCGGUUUGUCCCCCUCCACUCCAGCCACUAUUAAUCUUUAUGGCUGCGUUGCCAAUAUGCACUGGGUAGCUAGUGUGGCAUGCUAAGAGCCGAUCACUUUCAUCUCAUGGGAACCACUGAGCACAAUGGGAAUGGUUAUGGUAGCUUUAGGGACAGUUGUAUAGAUGACUGCUCAAGAGGGCAGUCCCUGAUCAAGCAAACAUUUCAAGGGACCAGUCCCCAGUCUAUCAACUCAACUCGAAUUAUGGUGCAGCAUAUGAUUUCAAAAUGUGUUACUUUACAGUUGACAAAAACAUUGUUUGUAAUGUACUUAAUGGACUUAUUUCAUGGUUUUUAAUUCUGUCAUCUCUUUCAGAUUCCAUACAUGUAGCUUGGCUAACCCCUAAACAAUAAUAUCUUUGCAGCAAUUUCAGUUGAGACAACUGCUUUUUAUGUUCAAACAUAUGCAAUUUAUUUUAUUUUUUUAUUAAAAGCCUCACGCGCAAAACUCAGAAACCUUCGUAGGUGGACCUGCUACAAAACACGCAUUAAUAAUCAGUGUGUUACAAGCACAGGGAAAGACUCGAGUUACUGAGGAGUACACCUGGACCCUCUGCAGCGUAUACACACACAGUGGGGAACGCAUCACGGGGGUCAGUCACAGGGGCCUCAACAGAAACCACCUGUGGGCGAUAUGCAGAGUCAAGCCCAAGUGAAUGGUGAGUUUCCAAGAGGAUUUUUUAUUUUUCAUGAAAAUAGGAGAGUGAAAGGGAGAGAGAGAGUUGACUGAAAGCCGAGUGGACAAUACAAUGGACACGUCCGAAACUAGGAUUAAUAAUGAGUUUUUUUUUUUGUUUUUCUUUUUGUGAAGUUUGGAUUUGGAGUGAUUGUUUCUUAUCAUUUUAAGUUAUUUAUUCUUCCUUUUCCUGUGUAAAUAUAUUUAUUUUUGUUGAUGUGAAGCUAACAUCUGGAUUGUAAUGUGUACAGAAUGUAUGUACGGAAUGUACUGUGCUUAUAGGAAUGUAUCAUGUAUUAAAUUGGGGUGGAAGCCAUUAUUUUAUUUUGUUUUAUUUUUGUUUUCUUGUUGUUUUGGUUUGUUUUGGAAAAAACAGCAUCAUCAUUAUUGUUUCAUUUAUUUCUGUAUAGGUUUGUGCUCUGGGCAUCUUGAGUCGCUCCUAUUUAAUUAUGAGUAUUUAAAAAUGUUCUCAGUUUUAUUCUUACUGAGUGGAAGGGAAUGGUUUGUGCAGCAAUACUUUACUCUCAAAUUUCAGAGGCCCAGACUCCAAAACUGAACUACAGAAAAACAUGUAUAUUGUCAAGUCACAAUGCCAAAAUGUGUUUGUAAAGAGGGUGAAGAUCUGACUGCUUUCAAUCACCAGUCUGUUCAUUACAAAAUGAUGUCACACUUUCUCCAGACCAUGGUUAAAGCCCUUACAUUUGGUUUAAUGAAGAUGGUGGAGUGGUUUGGGAGAGUGACCACUGGAAAAGUGUUUGUUGUUUGUGUGUGUGUGUGUGUAUGUGUGUGUGUGUGUCAGAGCAGUUGGGGUGGAAGAAAACUCCUGUUCUGUUAAAAAAUGAGAGGCUGUAUUUUUCACAGACCUUGGAGCUGUGCCUUUUUCUAUGCAAUAUUACCAACAUAUUUGUCUGAGAAAGAAAUAAAAAAACAUCAAGUGAUGAUCACUGUAUUUGCAUCAAGGUGUGGACUGUAGAAUAUAUAUUAAAUUUGACAGGUGUCUAUGAAUUUGAAACAGUCUUACUUUUGUAGUUUUAUAUUAUACAAUAAACUGUAAAAUGAAA